CUCUAUUAUUUAAGAAACGUUCAACUGUUGCAUCUUUUGCUGUUACAUUUUUUCAAGGAAUGUCAUUCUUUACUUUGGUAUAUUUUGUGCCAUUAUAUUUUCAAUUAGUUAAAGGAUCAUCAGCAACCAUAUCCGGGGUAGAAUUAUUACCAUAUAUACUAGCAACAGUUUUUGCCACAAUAUUCUCCGGACUGAUUAGUACAUUUACAGAAAAUAGCACAAGAGGUGAAUUGACUGGCUACUUGAUGAUAGCUGGUAUUGGAGCUGGUCUGAUUAUGCCAACUACCAUUUCAUUUGUACAGACUAUCGUUCCAAAAGAGCACAUUGCAGCUGCUUCUUGCUUAGUUUCUUUGUUUAGGACAAUUGGUGGAGUUUUUGGCAUAGCAAUAUUAGGUGUAAUACUUAAUAACGAUAUAAACAAUCAUAUGAAUGACCUUGUGAGUGCAUUUUUUAAUAAAUCAUCCUCUGGAAUGACUCAACAAUUAACACCAUUUCUCAAGGAUGCAUUGUCUAGUUUUAAUGACGUUGACAUUGAUAAUUUACCACCAGCAGUUAAAAUUACAUUCAUGCAUAUAUUUGUGAUUUCAUUCCAAACUGCUUUUAAAGUUG